AUGGAUGUGAAGUCACAGGCGCAGUCAAACACAGUUGGUGCAUUUGGCUCACCCUUCAUCGAUCCAUCUUCGUUUGCUGGUUUACGCCCUCCGGCAUCCGUUCCGAUGAGCGUCCCGAGUUUAUCCACUGCUCCCACACUGCCAGUUUUUGUGCAACCAUACCUUAUGCCAUUCAUCGCGCCAUCAGUGAGUAAUGCCCCAACAGCGGGAAUUUCGCAGUCCCCAUCAACUCCGAAGCAUAAAAUACAUGAUUUGAAGGCCAGCUCAUCCGGCAUAAUUUCCUCGCAUUCAAAGGAGAGCAGCACAGUUCAGCCAUCUUCAGUCGUUGCUUCACCAAGCUCUCGACCUUUAUCACGAGGAGCACCAGGUAAUAUGUUGGCAACGAAGCAAGUGGUGCAUCCGCAGUCAGUGAAUCAGAGUGUUUCCUCGGGAAACUCAUUUACCGCACUGCAGUCACUUGCAUCCGGCGGCAGUGACCGUACGCCGAACGCGCAGUCAUCAGCGCUCAAUUUUAUGCAACAACAACAGCAACAACAGCAGGUCAAAGUGCUUCUGGGUUGGACUCCAUAG